AUGGUGGCAAUGUUGGACUAUUUUCAGCCCUGUGAAAAUAUUGGCAAAAUUUUGAAACCGAAAGUUGCCCAGACGAAGAUACCGCUGGAGACGGUUAAAUCUUGGGCAGAUGCCUUUGGUGGGGAGCUGUACUCCAUUGUGACCAAGUACUCGGGGUCUCUCCUAUUACAGAAGAAAUACAAAGAUGUGGAGCCAACUUUGAAGAUUAAAGAGGUGGACGGCUUGGAGCUGGUGAAGAAGUUCUCAGAGCAGAUGGAGAGCAUGCUCCGCAGGAAGGUCGAAGCUGUUGAGAGGUUGGUGGAGGCAGCAGAAGAUGCAGAUCUGAACCAUGAGUACAAUUCCUCACUAGAGUUUGAUUACUACAACUCUGUCCUGAUUAAUGAGAAGGAUGAGAAUGAUAAUUACGUGGAACUCGGAGAUGAAUUUAUUUUGGAGCCAAACGAGCAUUUCAAUAAUCUACUGGUGAACACAACAUACAGUGAUAUCCAGCUCCCCACUAAUGUCUACAACAAAGACCCUGAUAUUCUGAAUGGAGUUUACAUGUCAGAAGCCUUGAAUCCUAUUUUUGUGGAUAAUUUUGAAAGGGACCCCACACUGACCUGGCAGUACUUUGGCAGCUCCACUGGGUUCUUCAGGCUUUAUCCAGGAAUAAAAUGGUUACCAGAUGAGAAUGGAGUCAUCUCCUUUGACUGCAGGAAUCGUGGCUGGUACAUCCAAGCAGCUACUUCUCCCAAAGACAUUGUAAUUAUUGUGGAUGUCAGCGGGAGCAUGAAGGGCCUGCGGAUGACCAUUGCCAAACACACCAUCAUCACUAUUUUAGAUACCCUGGGAGAAAAUGACUUUGUCAACAUCAUUGCGUACAAUGAUUAUGUUCAUUUUAUUGAGCCCUGUUUUAAGGGUAUCCUGGUCCAAGCAGACAGAGAUAACAGAGAGCACUUUAAGCAGCUGGUAGACGAAUUGCAGGCUAAAGGAGUGGGCGCUGUGAACAAAGCCCUGACAGAGUCCUUCAAAAUCCUGAGGGAGUUCAGAGAAGCUGGUCAAGGAGGCUUGUGUAACCAAGCCAUCAUGCUGAUCACAGAUGGAGCAGUGGAGGAUUAUGAAGCUGUGUUUGAAAAAUACAACUGGCCAGAUCGGAAGGUCCGGGUUUUCACUUACCUCAUUGGCCGGGAGGUCACGUUUGCACCCAAUGUGAAGUGGAUUGCCUGCAACAACAAAGGCUACUACACCCAGAUAUCCACGUUGGCAGAUGUCCAAGAGAAUGUGAUGGAGUACCUGCAUGUGCUCAGCCGUCCCAUGGUCAUCAACCAUGAUCAUGACAUUAUUUGGACUGAGGCCUACAUGGACAGUGCGCUCUUUGCAUCUCAAGCUCAAAGCCUGUUGCUCAUGACAACAGUGGCGAUGCCAGUCUUCAGCAAGAAGAACGAGACGCGAUCUCAUGGCAUUCUCCUGGGUGUGGUGGGCUCUGAUGUACCACUGAGGGAGCUGUUAAAGCUUGCACCACGAUAUAAGCUGGGUGUCCACGGAUACGCCUUUCUGAACACCAACAACGGCUACAUCCUUUCACACCCCGACCUGCGUCCUUUGUAUAAAGAAGGAAAAAAAUUGAAACCUAAACCAAACUACAACAGUGUAGAUCUCUCAGAGGUGGAAUGGGAAGAUGAGGAUGAAAUACUGAGGACGGCCAUGAUCAAUGGGGAAACAGGCUACCUCUCCAUGGACGUGAAGGUCCCUGUGGAUAAAGGGAAACGAGUUCUCUUCCUCACCAACGAUUACUUCUUCACGGAUAUCGGUGGCACACCUUUCAGCCUGGGUGUUGUGCUGUCCAGGGGACAUGGGGAAUACAUCCUGCUGGGAAACACUUCAGUGGAAGAAGGUUUGCAUGACCUGCUCCAGCCAGACUUGUCUUUAGCUAAUGAAUGGAUCUACUGCAUCACAGACAUUGAUCCAGACCACCGGAAGCUCAGCCAGCUGGAGGCUGUGAUCCGCUUCCUCACCGGAGAGGAACCUGACCUGGAAUGCGAUGAGGAGUUGGUCCAGGAAGUGCUGUUUGAUGCGGUGGUCACUGCCCCCAUGGAAGCCUACUGGACAACACUGGCCCUCAAUAUGUCCAUGGAGACUGAGUCAGGCGUUGAGAUGGCAUUUCUGGGCACCCGUGCUGGACUCAUGAGGAAUGCCUUAUACGUGGGCUCUGAGAAACUUUCCAACAGGAAAUUCCUGACAAGGAAGGACAAGGAAAGUAUCUUCACCAUGGACCACUUCCCUCUGUGGUAUCGUCGAGCAGCUGAACAUCCCCCUGGGAGCUUCAUCUACAGCAUCGUUUCAGAAGAUGAUUCAGAGGGAGCUGGCCCUCCAGAAGUGGUGACAGUGAGCACAGCCGUAGCAGUGUCUGUGGAUGGGAAGAUGGGGAUUGCUGCAGCGGUGGGUGUGCAAAUUAAGCUGGAAUUGCUCCAACGCAAGUUUUGGAUGGCCAUGCAACAGCCCAAUGACAGUGAUUGCAGUGCCUUUGAUGGUGCCUGUCCACUAAGCUGUCAGGAUGAUAUUCUGAAUUGCUUUCUCAUUGAUAAUAAUGGCUUUAUACUCAUUUCCAAAAGACCUGCAGAGACUGGAAAAUUUUUUGGUGCAGUGGAUGGAUCAGUAAUGACCCAGCUGCUAAAUAUGGGCAUGUUCAAGCGGGUGACUAUGUAUGAUUAUCAAGCAAUGUGUAAAAUGCCCUACCACCACCACAGCGGAGCCCGGCCUCUGCUCAGCCCAAUCUAUGCCUUUCUAGCUGCAGUGAAAUGGCUGAUAAGUGAUUUCCUCAUCUUCCUUUUGGAGUUUAACAUGAGUAGCUUCUGGCAGACAGACAACUUGGCAGAUGCCAAGGCUGUUUUCCAUCACUCCCACAAGCAUAAGAAGCACGACACCCUGCAGCCCUGCGACACCGAGUACCCCGUCUUCGUGUACGAGCCAGCCAUCAAGGAGACAAACGGGCUGAUCGAGUGUGGAGACUGCCAAAAGAUGUUUGUGGCACAGCAGAUUGCCAGCAGUAACCUGCUGCUUCUCGUCACAGACGCCACCUGUGACUGCAGCAUCUUCCCACCUGUCCUGAUGAGUGCAAAGGAAGUCAAAUACAACGCGUCCGUGAAGUGCGAGCGGAUGCGCUCGCAGAAGCUGCGGAGGCGCCCGGACAGCUGCCACGCGUUCCACCCCGAGGAAAACGCCCAAGACUGUGGCGGCGCUGCGGAGAUCUCGGUCUCAUCAGCGAUGCUCCUGCUGCCCCUGGCGCUGCUCCUGCGGUGA